AUGACGAUACCUACUGUAGAGACCCCAGAUACUUUUGAAAGAAAGUUCGUGAAUCCUCCUGGACCAGCUUUGGCGCCGAAUGUCCUGGACCUUUUUUCACUGAAGAACAAAGUCUGUGUGGUGACCGGGGCUGGUCGGGGAAUUGGCUACCACAUCGCAGAGGCUUUCGCGCAGGCCGGUGGACGUAUAGCUGUUUGGGAUUACGUGGAGCCAGUGAAGGCUGCAGCCAAGAUAUCCGAAAGCACUGGCGCAGAGACAAAAGCCUAUGGGUGUGAUGUCGGCAAUCAACAGAAAGUUAAAGAAACAGUCAACCAAAUAGUCAAAGAUUUUGGAACCAUUGAUGUAUUUGUUGCGAAUGCUGGUAUCCAUAUCGUUACAGACGGGGUCAUUGAUUCUCUGGAUGAGGAUGGGUCAAGAUGGUGUAGAGUCAUGAACGUUAACCUCAAUGGUGUCUACCAUUGUUCGAAAGCAGUUGGUAGAGUAUUCAAAGAACGGGGGUCGGGAUCAUUGAUUUUUACCGGAUCCAUGUCAGGUCAUAUAGUGAAUAUUCCAAUUCAUCAUGCAGCUUACAACACAAGCAAGGCGGGGGUAAUUCACUUUGCCAAGUGCCUCGCAAUGGAAUUCAAAGAUUUUGCCCGAGUCAAUACAGUUUCUCCCGGAUAUAUUGAUUCUGGGAUCAAUAACCAUGUGGACCCCGCUUUACGUCAAACAUGGCAGAAAGAGAUUCUUCUCAGAAGAGAAGGAUAUCCCCGGGAAUUGAUCGGUGCCUACCUCUAUUUUGCUUCGGACGCAUCUACAUACGCCACUGGAUCGGACUUAGUUGUUGACGGAGGCUACACCAUUCAUUAA